AUGUCCUCACAGCCUGUACGCCCCGAAGGGUCCAAUUCAAAACCCGGGAAGGCCCAAAAGAAAAAACAACAGACAAAGUCGGUACCUCACAGAGACCAGUACCAGCGACUUUCGUUUCUUUACCAAGCAGCUGCUCAUAUGGCUGGUGAUCCCAGUACUCAGGCUUUGGCCCGAGUUUAUGCGCAGUCUAUGAAAGCUGUUGCAAAAAAAAGUGUCCUUCGAUUAUCACCUAAUGUCAAACGAACAGUAUGUAAAAAAUGUCAUCGCUUUUUGGCUGAAAAUUCAGGCUCAGUGACUACUCGCAUAGUCAAUGAAAGCACCGCUAAUGAUCCGCGAUGUGAUGUUCUUGAAAAGACCUGCGUAUGCGGAGUCACUCGGAGGUUUCCUGUCGGUCAGAACCGCAAGUACCGCUUAUGGGCCGAUUCAGCGCGGGUCUCGUGA